AUGACAGUCUCUGAGAAUCCUGAAACCGUGGAUAACUCCACUUUUAGCAAAUUCUAUUCCAUUUAUUCAAGGGAUGAUAGUUAUAACCUUUUAUGUUAUGAUAAUAAGGCUGGUUUUGAAAUUCACGCUGCUUGGCCUCAAGUUGUUGAAAAGAUGAAGGCUAUGAAGGAACAAAAUGAAGCUGAUAUUAAACAAUAUGGUUUUACUCAAGAUGAAUUAGAUUCAUCUUCAUUACCAAUUACUCAUGAAGGUUCUGUUAAAGUUUAUGAAUUUAAAAAAUUUGAUGAAACUUUUACUCGUGGUGUUAUCUUGAAAGAUUUUACUCCUUCUCAAACUGAAUUAGCAACUAUUGGUGGUCAUCAAUCAAAAUUUCAUGAUUGGUUUGCAAAAUUAAUUGUUCAAGAUUCAAGAGUUGAAGAUAGUGUUAAACCAACAAUUAUGGAUCCUGCUAAACAAAUGGCUAAUUUUGUUGCUGAUUUUUUUGCUGAACAUUUGAAAAACACUACAAAUAAUGAUGAAUGGAAUAAUGGUGGUCGUGAAUAUUUUGUUGAUAAAGUUCAUUAUUUCACUUCAAGAGGUGCUAAAAUUGAAUGUGUUUUACCAGCUUUCCCAUGUAAAUCUUCAAAUACUCAAAAAGUUGUUGGUGUUUUCCCUGAUAAAGGUGAAGAAUUAGCUUUGAGAAGAUUAAUUUUCACUGCUAGAGCUAUUGAACAAGUUUAUUCACCAGGUAUGAAAAUCUUUAUUGUUUCUGAUGGUCAUGUUUUCAGUGAUUGUAUUGGUGUUGAUGAUGAUGUUGUUGAUGCUUAUACUGAACGUUUAAAAUAUUUUUAUAAACAUGUUAAACUUAGUGAAAAUGCUGAUAAAGAUUAUAUUGGUUUUGUUUCAUUAAAAGAUUUGUUUUUCAAAGAAGAUGCUGAAGCUUUUAAUGAAGAAUUGAUUAAAGAUGUUCAAUUACCUCAUUACACUGGUUCCAAAAUUUGUGAAGAUGCUGAAUUAUCAAGAAGAUUAUUAAUUGCAGGUUGUGAUACUGAUGCUGGUAAAUUAAGAGAAGAUGUUAAUACUCCUGAUCAUCCAAGAUUACAUCUUUAUAGAGGUUUUAUGAGAUUUAUGUUGGAAGAUUUAGCUUUACAUCCAGUUUGUAAAAAAAUGUCUAAAAGAAAUUUUAAAAAAACUGUUAGUAGAGUUGCUUUUGAAAUGAUUAAAAGAAAUGAUGCUUAUUCAAAUUUAGUUGAAUUAUUAUUCCCAUUCCAUUUACGUUUAUCAAUUCAUGCUCAUACUAAUGCAGGUCCAAAAUAUGGUAUUAGAUUGAUCAAUACAAAUGAAUGUAAAAUUAUCAAAAGUUUAGAUUCAAGUGAUGAACCAAGUUUUGAAGAUUUAUUACAUAUUCCAACACCAUGGCAUAAUAGUAUUGUUAAAGUUGAAGGUCAUCGUUAUAUAUAUUUAACUAAAUCAAGAGUUGUUUUGGAUGCAGUUAAUCAAGGUAUAUAUACAAGUGAAUGGAAUAAAGGUGAUUUUGAAGCUGGUAUUGGUGGUCAUUUCUAUUUGAAAUGUGCUCAAAAAGCUAAAGAAGAAUAA